AGAAUGAGGAAGUGAGUCUGAAUUGCGAGCGAGCAAACCAGCACAAGAUCUGGAGCAACAUUCUGGUUGAUCAGCCAGCAGCCGCCAGCACAGGUGGAGUGUCAGCAAACAUGGUCGAUGCCCGAUCUCUCCUGUGUUCUCUCCUCUUCUGCUCCAUUCUGCAAGAGGCUGUGACCUCGACCACAAGGCUACAAGGUGUACAGAAUUACCAGGUGGUGAAACCACGCAAACUCCACGCCAAGCAGAAACGAGAGACGGAGGGGCUUUAUCCAUCGGUUGUCCAGUAUGAAGUUCCCGUAGAAGGCAAGGAGUUGGUUCUACAUCUCGAGAAGAAUGAGGGUCUGUUCGCCAAGAACUACUCUGAGAGCUACACUUUGGAGAACGGGACAGAAGUGUGGGAGACCCCCGUCUAUCCGGAUCACUGCUAUUACCAUGGUUACAUAAAGGGUGAAGAAGAUUCCUCGGCCAGCUUCAGCACCUGUGACGGGCUCAGUGGUUACAUCCGCACCAAGGGCCAACGUUAUCUGAUGGAACCUCUGAAAGAAACAGCCAGCGAUGAACAUGCACUCUACAAAUAUGAAGAGCUCACCAUGCCUCAGAGCAUGUGUGGCGUGGUCAACACUUCGUGGGAUAGCCUGGAGCCAAGAGUGGAAGAGACAUUUGGCUCUGCAAGUGAGAGGAGUGACUUCCUGAAGGCAAUGAAAUACAUUGAAAUGUUCGUGGUAGCAGAUAACGCAGAGUUCCGACACUUCGGGUCAGUGGAAGCUGUGCGGAGCAGGGUGUUUGAAGCCGUCAAUCACAUCAACCUGCUGUACAGGCCGUUGAGAACACACGUGGCCCUGGUUGGUCUGGAGAUCUGGUCCAGGCAAGAUAAAAUAAAUGUUCUAAAAGAUUCCGACCAGACUCUGAAAAACGUCUUGUCCUGGCGCAAUCAGCACCUUCGACCAAAGCAAGGUCAUGACAACAUCCAAUUCAUCACUUACGUGGAUUUCAAUGGAGACACCAUUGGCUUGGCUCAAGUGGCAGCCAUGUGUACAGGGGGCUCUGGAGCGGUUAAUCAGGAUCAUACGUCCAAUGUUCAUGGAGUUGCCUCGACCAUGGCUCAUGAGAUGGGACACAACUUGGGCAUGAAUCACGACAAUAGUGCUUGCUUGUGCAAAUCCGCAUCAUGCAUCAUGUCUCCGGUCUUAAGCGCUUCCUUGCCGACAGAGUUCAGUUCGUGCAGUCACCAGAACUUCCAGAGCUUCACCUUGUCGCACACGGCGUCGUGCAUGCGUGACGUUCCCAGCCUGGAAGAGAUUGUGGCGGCACCCAUCUGCGGGAACCACUUUGUAGAGAAGGGGGAAGACUGUGACUGUGGAACUGCCAAGGAAUGUCAGAAUCCUUGUUGUGAGCCUCGGACAUGCAAACUGAAAGAGGAAGCCCAGUGUGCAGAUGGAGAAUGCUGCCAGGAUUGCAAGAUCAAAGCCGCAGGCGAAAUGUGCCGGAGAGUCAGAGACGAGUGCGACCUUUCGGAAAACUGUGACGGCACGUCCAACAUAUGCCCGAAAGAUGCAUUCCGCCUGAACGGGACCCCUUGUAAGAAAGGGGCGGGUUUCUGUUACAAUGGAGGAUGCCCCACUCACCAGGAACAGUGCACAUCACUGUGGGGGCCUGGGGCUCGGACAGCACCUAGACAAUGUUUCCAAACCAACACAGGGGGCUCGCAGUACAGUUACUGUAAGAAGACAACCACGUAUCGACCCUGCAGGGAUAAGGACAUAAUGUGUGGGCAGCUGCACUGUAACGGUGGCAACACAAGGCUGCCAUCUCUCAGCACUGGGACAAUAACCAUUAGAAGUCAAGUGUGCAAAGUUGUUCUGGACCGGGAUGGAGUUAACCCAGGAUUAGUACACAAUGGCGCAAAGUGUGGAGACAACAAGAUGUGCGUGAACGCAGAAUGUGUCGAAGUCCGAUUGAAGAACUGCUCCAGCAAGUGCCCUCAGCAUGCGACCUGUAACCAUCUGGAGGAGUGCCAGUUCAUGGCGGGCUAUAGUAAACACAGCAGCAUUUUCCCUCUUACAGUAAUAGUGAUCAUCAUUGUGGUUGUGAUACUGAUCAUUGCCAUGAUUGGAGUGGGAUGUUUCAUAUACUGGAGGAGGUACAAGGCAAAGAGCCCGUCCCUGCCACGGUUCCAGUCAACAACCUUCGGACUCACAAACCCAACCUUCGCAGGAAGUGCACCAGCCACACCACAGAUGCAAAGAACCCACAACCCUAAGGGUCCAAUGCAAGUGGCUCCACCCCCUCUUCCUUACGCCAGGGCACCUCCUCCUCCUGCACCUGCCAAGGGUCGAAUGACUACCGCCGCUCCCCCCUUUCCUCCAUAUGCCAAGCCACCAUCUGCACCCUUCCCCCCUGCCAGGCCAUUUCCACCUCAAGCUCCAGUGAAGAAGCCGGUUUUGCCUCCACCAUCGGCCAAGGUCUUGAUGCCUCCAACCAAAGCGAGAAACUGAACAUCAGACGGGAACCGACUGCUCCAACCUCCCAGUUACCUGCAGCUUGUAUUAUUUGUUCCGUUUAUUUAUAUGUGGUCGCAGUGAAAUUCGCAAAGCUUUUUUCUUCUCUAUUUAUUCUGUUGAUUUAUAGCCAAAGAUGCAAAGCAACUGGACUCCUAUAUCUCUACCUUGGCCGGGGAAUGGGCUGGAGAGUGCAUGAUGUACCAAUAGUCUCUGCUAAUGAUCAGUCCGAUGUUACAUUGGAGAUUUUUCAUGUGUGCAAAGUGGCGAUGUUUUUAUAAGGGCCAGAGUGAGAGAAUGCAUGUUUCUUGUGGAGUGAAGGGCAAGGCAGGUGGGAAUAAGGAAUCCCUAGAGAAAUCGAGGCUUUGGGCUGGAAAAAUGGAGGAGGCAUGGUGUGUAGGUAGGAACUGCAGAUGCUGGUUUACACUGAAGGCAGACACAAGAUGCUGGGGUAACUCAACGGGUCAGGCAGCAUCUCUCGAUAAAAAGAUUAUGUUUCCGGGAAGUUGGUAACAGAGGAAUGAAAAGGUACAGAUAAGUGGAGGCCAAUUCACUGGAUGUUUUCAAGACUGUGUCUGAUUACUGAUUGUGGAUGAUCAGCCAUAAUCACAUUGAAUGGCGGUGCUGGCUCAAAGGGCCGAAUGGCCUGCUCCUGCACCUAUUGUCUACUGUCUAUUGUCUAGAACAAAUCGGAGCACCAAGGAAUGAACAAUGGUCCAUUGCUGGCAGUGGAGGAGGUGAUAACGAAGGGAUGCGAACAGUGACACUAGCAGGACAGCUAGAAACAUAGAAAAUAGGUGCAGGAGGAGGCCAUUCGGCCCUUCGAGCCAUUCAUUGUGAUCAUGGCUGAUCGUCCCCAAUCAAUAACCCGUGCCUGCCUUCUCCCCAUA